AGCCAGCUCAAUUAGCCUACCAGAGAUGGGGACGAGAACGAGUCGCCUACACGAAGACACGGUUUCCUCAGCUUUCGGGAAAGAUGGGACAAAGCGGGAUUCCUGUCGGCGACCUCGCUGCACGAGGCCCACCAGCCUCGUUGUCGACUUUUCGGUGAGCUUCGAUGACACUGAGGCUAACCGAAGCCGAUCGGAGGAGGGUAGUGACUCGGACCCGGGGCAGCUCGGAGCGAGCGCGGACGGCAGCCCUGCUGACCACCACAGCAUCCCCUCUAGCAUUGGCCAGGCGUCACCCGGGGACGACGACAGCAGCGAGGGGAAACCCGAGGAAGACGGCAAUGUUAGCCCAGAGGCUCCCGUCGACGCAGAACACCAGCAGGUUGAGGAGACAGGCCGCACACCACACCGCACCUUUUCCGAGCGGCUGCCCGGGAAUCGGCACUCUGCCACCCGUGUUGGCGCAAGGUCCGCCCGUGUUCGAAGCACACACCAGCGGCCGGUGUCAGAGGCUUGGAUCGGCCUUUACCGUUUGAACAAUCGCCACGGCAAUAUCCGCUGUCCUUUCUGCUCAAAGCCUUUCCCGGGGGGUCGGAUUGAGGAUCACCUGUUGAGUUGCCUCACAUCUCCUCCUCUACCUUACAACACGGAUGUGCUCAGUAAAGACAGUGGAGAGUGUUCCAUCUGUUUGGAGGAUUUGGUACAGGGAGAGACCAUCGCCAGACUGGCCUGCCUCUGUGUCUACCACAAGAGCUGCAUUGAUUCCUGGUCAAAGGUGAAGCCUUGCUGCCCUGAACAUCCCUUUGAUUGACUCAUGGGGUCACAUGUAUCCCACGCCGUGACCAACCUGACUCAGGAGACUACACUGAAUCCGAAAAAUCCCCAAUAAAAAAUGUGUAAUUGAA